CUCUCCAAAGACAUCCCUGUAAACCCUGCGACCCAAACCAUGGUCCGGCUCUUCCUCCCCCGGAAUGUCCUUGGCUCAAAAACCAAACUCCCUCUCAUGUUUUACUACCACGGUGGUGGGUUUCUAUUGCAGCGCAACCUCACAGUUUUCCAUGUGUUUUGUUCCAACAUGGCUAUGGAACUCCGAGCUCUUGUUGUCUCCGUUGAGUACCGUCUCACCCCCGAACACCGCUUCCCUGCAGCCUACGAGGACGCCAUAGAUGUCUUGUACUGGAUCAAAACCACAGAGAAAGAGUGGUGAUCAGCUUGUGCCUUUGAAGAUCAAAGGUCUGGUAUUGCACCAUCCUUUUUUGGUGGAUCCGAAAGGACCGAGUCGGAUCUGAAGAUGGAGCAUGAUCGAAUUUUGCCACUACGGUCAAGCGAGGCAGCCUGGAACUUGGCGUUGCCUGUUGGCGCUGACCAUGAUCAUGAAUAUUGCAAUCCAACGGUAGGUAAUAGAGAUGAUAUUUGGGAAUCUAUUUGGGCCGUGGAUUGUACGCAGGAUUUUGGUUCUCGCUUGUUAUGGAGAUGGGGUUGGCGAAAAUAGUAGAGGAGAAGGGUGUGGAAAUACGCGACCCGUCUAAAGCUCCGGGUUUAUUUGGCGUGUUGAAAAUUUCGUGCAUGUGAACGAGUCGUGCCUAUCCAACUAGAAGUAAAGCUUGGGGCCUUGGAAAUAUGUAUGUCUUGGAAGAAAAUGAGGAUGCUGCCAUCUCUACAAUGAUGUUUGUAUUGGUAGGGCAUAUUAAUUUUGAUGGAAAAAAAAACCCGAUGACAAAUUAAUGAAAUUAUACCGAAGCAUAUGCGUCACAAGUUUUCUUUUUCUU